AUAAUAUUAAAAUUUAAUGUUUAAUAGAACUUGCCAUUGAGCCAACUUUGUUUUAAAACUCCAACGUGCAGCUUUAAGCAGUUCAAAAUACUUUAGACCGUCAACAGGUUAAAAGUCAUGAAGAAAAGAGUUGUUGUAAAGAAGCUAUUUUCAGAAUAACUUUGUGCCUAUAUGUAGUACCUGUGAUCCAAUCCCACGCAUUCAGACUUUGCCUGCCCCAAAGUAACCUUUGUAUUCUAUGUCUCCGAACCAUGAGUGAAGUUGAUUUUGUUGUGAAAAAACUUGCCCCCAAAGCAUCGAAGUCCAUUGACAGUGAUGCAGCCGGCGAUGGCGAACCUAGAUACAGUUUCACCGGACGCAUGUUGGAGCUGGUCGAGGCGUAUAAUUCUGCGGUGCAAUUGCUUGUGCCAAAGUGGCCGUGGUUCUUUUACCCUGGCUAUUUGAUAUAUGCGGUAUAUUGGCGUUACGCCAAAUACUACAGGGGCAAGUUUCUGUUGACGCCCCUGCCCAACCGUCUGUACGAGUUGCUGACCAAGAACGAGCUGAUCAAGUCCGAGCAUGUGAUACUGGCCAGCAUGGAUGUGUACAACACCUACGCUGAAUCGGACGAUGUGAAUUUCGUCAAUUUAAUUGUACGUGGAGGCGGAAAGGCCACUAAAACCGCUGGCACUGGCUCUGAUCACUCCUGGGACACAUCGGAGGUGGUCGUCAAACAAAUCUUGCAGGACACGCCAUAUACAAUAGUGGCCCAGAUACUUCCAGUAGAGAACUCACAGUGCCAGAGCAAUUGUCUAUAUGUGCAGGAAAACUUUUAUGGCAACUUAAUGGAUCGAUGCGGCACCAGCAACCACAAGCGCAACAAUUGCUGGGUUCAGCUGGAGUGCUUCAGCGACGAACAAACGAUACCGACUAUUGCCACAAAGGCGCACGUCUAUCUGCUCAACAAUCCGCACGAGCUGCCGCCAGAGGUGUCCGAGCUUAUCCUGAGCAACUAUUUCAAUACGCCACGCAUGCUGCACCGUGGCCACAUCUACCGCAUCGAGGUGAACGCACAGCUGAUGGGCACCGCAGCCUAUGCCCAUUACUAUCUGAUUUUCGCUUUUUUGCGCGAGGUCUACUUUCGCUGUGUGCACCUGGAAGCGAAAGGCAGCGAGUUUGAGCUGCAGGCAGUCGUGGCGAAGAACUUCAGCAACCUGGUGCAGGUGCCACAUGCGCACAGCUUUCUGCCACGCCAAAUUCUGGACAGCUGUGCAAUUGCAGACAACUAUCCCAGUGGUUUGAGGAAGCCAUAUCAAAUGCUGCGCUCUUCGUUGGAUGCAUUUUUGCCAAAACAGUCUGCCUGUCUAUCAUCGAAGCACAUAUUUCCCGUCUUCUUGCUGCAGGGCGAGCGCGGCUCAGGAAAAACGAAGCUCAUCAAUGCUGUGGCUCAGGAGCUGGGCAUGCACCUGUACGGAGCGGACUGUGCGGAGAUUGUAUCGCAAGUGCCAUCACACACGGAGAUGAAACUCAAGGCGGUAUUUGCGAAGAGCCAGGUUAGCGAACCUCUGCUGAUCUGCUUCCACAACUUUGAGAUAUUCGGCAUCGAUAACGAAGGAAACGAGGACCUGCGCUUGCUGUCUGCCUUUCAUGUACAGAUCCAGGAAUUAUUUACCCGCGACCGCAAGCAUCCUGUCGUAGUUGUUGCGUUGACCAGCGACAAACAUUUAAAACCGAUGAUACAGGGCAUUUUCUUGGAGAUAAUCAGCAUUGAAGCACCCAACCAAGCAGAGCGAUUCGAGCUGCUGAAAUGGAUGCACGUGCGUGAAUCCUUUAACGAUGCAAUUUACAACCAAAAGGCACUAGCCAAGCUGCCACUUUUUCCACUACAAAUGCAAGCCCGCUAUAUGAACAGGCUCUCUCCAGAAUGGGACGUGACGAGGAGUGCUCUUCACGAGGUUGCAGCUAAGUCACAGGGAUUUAUGUUGGGUGAUCUGCAGCUGCUCUACGAUAAUGCUGUGCGACUUAAGCGUCGCCAAUCCCAUGGAGAAAGCCAUCUAACUCUAGAGCACUUUUCUAAAAAUCUAAACGAUAUGCAGAGCUCGUUCGCCGACAGCCUGGGCGCGCCCAAGGUGCCGAAGGUAUACUGGUCCGAUAUCGGAGGUCUAUAUAAGCUAAAGGAUGAAAUUCAAAGCAGCAUAGGUCUGCCGCUGAAACACGUACAUCUAAUGGGAAAGAAUUUGCGGCGUUCUGGCAUACUGCUGUACGGACCACCAGGCACUGGAAAAACUCUGGUCGCCAAGGCGGUGGCUACCGAAUGCAAUCUAAGCUUUCUUUCCGUUCAGGGCCCCGAGCUGCUCAACAUGUAUGUGGGACAGAGCGAGCAGAAUGUGCGUGAAGUAUUUACGCGCGCCCGCUCAGCAGCGCCAUGUGUUCUGUUUUUGGACGAGCUGGACUCGUUGGCACCGAAUAGAGGUGUGGCUGGUGACUCGGGCGGCGUCAUGGAUCGCGUGGUAUCACAGCUGCUGGCUGAGAUGGACGGCAUGUGCAACGGAGACGCCACAAAGCCCAUUUUCAUACUGGCUGCCACAAAUCGUCCGGAUCUAAUUGAUCCCGCCCUGCUGCGACCCGGCCGCUUUGACAAACUCUUCUAUGUCGGCCCCUGUUCUACGCCCGAUGACAAGGCGGCGGUUUUGCGAGCACAAACACAGCGCUUUAAACUGGCCGGCGACGUGGACUUGGCCGAGAUUGCCGAGCGUCUGAAGAACGAAAUGAGCGGCGCGGACCUGUACUCGAUAUGCUCCAAUGCUUGGCUCUCGGCGGUAAGGCGAAUCAUAAGCAAGCAUUUGAGCUGCGGGCUGUCGGCCAAGGAGCUAAGUGCCGAGCACAUUAUCGUUGAGUCGGAGGACUUCACGACAUCCUUCAACAAAUUCGUGCCUUCAAUCAGCCAAACUGAUUUGGAAUAUUUCAGGAACCUAAAGGAAACGUAUAGUGUUUGAUUUUUAAUUUAUUUAUUAUUUUUGAGUUUAAUGUUGAGUUUGUUUGUAAUUUGUAAAUAUCUUAAUGCAAUUAUAAUGUUUCU